AAAAAAAGUAAAAUGUCAUCCGAGUGAAAUGUGACGGUGGCUCAUGUUUUGUCUUUUGUAUUUUACUUGUUGAUUUUGCUAAAAAAAUCGGUGAUAAUUAAGUGAACUCCCGUGCCAAAGUGUUGUGAACAAGUAUGUUAUAGCCUGGAAGGUGCACGCAGCCUGUUUUUCCCGUCUCCUCGCUUUACGAAGCGCCUUUCAUCAAGAGCCGGCGGCGCGGCGCGGGCGCGAUGGAGGACGAGGUGACGUUCCUGUUCCAACUGGGCGUGCUGCGCGACGCGGCGGCGGCGCCCGCGCACCUGCUCACGCUCGCCUACCUCAAGGACCUCGCCGUCAAGUUCGUCAACGAGAAGAUCCCUGACAAUGGACUCAACAGGCUCUCGGAGCGCAUCCUGUUGUUCCGGCACGACUACUGCUCGCCCAACGUGCUGCAACUCAUCAACUCCGCCGCCGACGUCACCGACGAGACGCUCGUCGAGAUCGUGCUCACCGCCAACCCGCUGCUAUGCGACGGCGGGCUGGAGGCGGCGGCGCCGCGGCCGCACGCGCUGGCCGUGCACUCGUAUAAGACGCCCACCUUCUGCGACUUCUGCGGCGAGAUGCUGUUCGGGCUGGUCCGCCAGGGGCUCAAGUGCGAGGGCUGCGGCCUCAACUACCACAAGCGCUGCGCCGUGAAAGUCCCGUCCAACUGCACGGCAGGCGCGGGCGCGGGCGCAGCGGGCGGGCGGCGCGCGUCGGCGUCACCGCGCUCGCCGUCGCGCGCGUCGGCGCACAGCCACGCGUCGCACGACGACUCGCUGCUCAACAGCGCCGACAAGCGCAGCCGCUCGCCUUCGGGCUGCGGCGCGUCGGUGGGCGCGGCGGCGUCGCUGGGCAUCCCGCACACGUUCGAGCUGCACUCGUACACGCGGCCCACGGUGUGCCGCCACUGCAAGCGGCUGCUGCGCGGGCUGUUCAAGCAGGGGCUGCAGUGCCGCGACUGCCACUACAACGCGCACCGCAAGUGCCUGCCCUUCGUGCCCAAGGACUGCAACGGGGAGAUCCGCGACCCGCACGGCGAGUACCAGGACAGCAACAGCACGAGCAGCGAGGUGUCGGACAGCGCGCGCCUGGACGACGAGUCCGACGACGGCGACUGCGCGCCCGGCCGCGCCCACGACGACGACCAGGAGGUGCAGCUGCGGCGCAACCACGUGGAGGAGGCGGACGAGCCGCAGCGCGACGGGCUGCCCGAGCGCUCCGUCAGCCGGCCCAGCAGCUCGUCGUCGUCGCCCAGCGCCAACAUCCCGCUCAUGCGCAUCGUGCAGUCCGUCAAGCACACCAAGAAGCGCGAGGGCCAGUGGCUCAAGGAGGGCUGGCUGGUGCACUUCACCAAUAAGGAUAAGACGAUACGGCGUCACUACUGGCGUCUAGACAGCAAAUCAAUCACACUAUUCCAAUCGGAACAAGGCACAAAGUACUAUAAGGAAAUACCUCUCAAUGAAAUCCUGGCCGUUGAUACUGCAAGACAACGACAUUCUGACGUGAUGCACUGCUUCGAGGUGCGCACAGCGAACGUGGACUACAUGGUGGGCGUGGACCCGAGCUGGCAGCUGCCGCCCGCCGCCGCGCCGCCGCUGCCGCCGCCGGACUCCGGCGUGGGCGCCUACCUCGCGCGCUCCUGGGAGACGGCGGUGCGCCAGGCGCUCAUGCCCGUCACUCAUCACUCAGCGGAGGCGAACCCGGACGCGGAGGGCGGCGAGGGGGAGGGGGAGGGCGCGGCGGCGGGCGGCGCGCGGCGCACCACGGAGAUGGCGCAGGUGUACCAGAUCUUCCCCGACGAGGUGCUGGGCUCGGGCCAGUUCGGCAUCGUGUACGGCGGCCUGCACCGCCGCACGCACCGGCCGGUCGCUAUCAAGGUGAUCGACAAGCUCCGCUUCCCGACAAAGCAGGAGGCGCAGCUGAAGAACGAGGUGGCCAUCCUGCAGAACCUGUCGCACCCCGGCGUGGUGGACCUGGAGCGCAUGUUCGAGACGCCCGAGCGCAUCUUCGUCGUCAUGGAGAAGUUGCGCGGCGACAUGCUCGAGAUGAUCCUGUCGCACGAGAAGGGACGCCUCACCGAGCGGAGCACCAAGUUCAUAGUGGCGCAGAUAUUAGUGGCCCUCAAACACCUCCACGAGAAGAACAUAGUGCAUUGCGACCUGAAGCCGGAGAAUGUCCUGCUAUCCACAGAUGAUGAGUUUCCACAAGUGAAGCUGUGUGACUUCGGCUUCGCCAGGAUCAUCGGCGAGAAGUCUUUCCGGAGAUCCGUGGUCGGCACACCCGCUUACCUUGCGCCGGAGGUGCUCCGCAACAAGGGCUACAACCGGUCGCUGGACAUGUGGUCGGUGGGCGUCAUCGUGUACGUGUCGCUGUCCGGCACCUUCCCCUUCAACGAGGACGAGGACAUCGGCGAGCAGAUCCAGAACGCCGCAUUCAUGUAUCCGCCCACGCCUUGGAAGGAGAUCUCGCCAGAAGCGAUCGACCUGAUCAACAACCUGCUGCAAGUGAAGCAGCGCAAGCGGCUGUCGGUGGACAAGUCGCAGGCGCACGCGUGGCUGCAGACGCGCCAGGCCUGGCUGGACCUGCGCGCGCUCGAGCGCCGCGUGGGCGCGCGCUACCUCACGCACGCCAGCGACGACGCGCGCUGGGCCGAGCGCUGACCGUACGUAUCCUCCCUGGCUGGUGGCCAGUCGCAGGCGCACGCGUGGCUGCAGACGCGCCAGGCCUGGCUGGACCUGCGCGCGCUCGAGCGCCGCGUGGGCGCGCGCUACCUCACGCACGCCAGCGACGACGCGCGCUGGGCCGAGCGCUGACCGUACGUAUCCUCCCUGGCUGGUGGCCAGUCGCAGGCGCACGCGUGGCUGCAGACGCGCCAGGCCUGGCUGGACCUGCGCGCGCUCGAGCGCCGCGUGGGCGCGCGCUACCUCACGCACGCCAGCGACGACGCGCGCUGGGCCGAGCGCUGACCGUACGUAUCCUCCCUGGCUGGUGGCCAGUCGCAGGCGCACGCGUGGCUGCAGACGCGCCAGGCCUGGCUGGACCUGCGCGCGCUCGAGCGCCGCGUGGGCGCGCGCUACCUCACGCACGCCAGCGACGACGCGCGCUGGGCCGAGCGCUGACCGUACGUAUCCUCCCUGGCUGGUGGCCAGUCGCAGGCGCACGCGUGGCUGCAGACGCGCCAGGCCUGGCUGGACCUGCGCGCGCUCGAGCGCCGCGUGGGCGCGCGCUACCUCACGCACGCCAGCGACGACGCGCGCUGGGCCGAGCGCUGACCAUCGGAGAAGGAGGGCGGGGGCGUGUCGCGGGCGCGGCGCGGGCUGGCG